AUGUCUGUCAAAAUCGAAGACAAUCUUGAGGCCACAGGGCUUAACAGCAUUCACCAUGAGGAUAGGGAAAAGGGUAAAGUGGAAGAGCUCUCGAAAGCAGAGCAGCAGCAGAGAAAUGUGGGCACCUUGCAGCGGCGUCUAAAAUCUCGACACAUUCAGUUCCUGGCUCUUUCAGGAGCCAUCGGAACUGGUUUGUUUGUUGGCACGGGCCAGGUUCUGUCGCUGGCCGGACCGCUGUCCGCAGUGCUUGCCUAUCUCAUCACAGGCUUCAACCUCUACGCAGUUAUCAACAGCAUGGGGGAGAUGGCAACAUGGCUCCCCCUACCGGGUGCCGUGCCUGUAUACGCUGCUCGCUUUGUUGAUGAAGCGCUAGGGUUCACACUCGGCUGGAAUUAUUGGUACCAGUUCGCCAUUGGUGUUCCCAUUGAGAUCAGUGCAGCAGCUCUCGUUAUUGACUAUUGGCCCAAUGCAGUAUCCUCCGCGGUUUGGAUCACUGUCUUGUAUGUUGUCAUUUUUUUCGUCAAUAUCUUACCGGUUCGGGUGUACGGAGAAUUGGAAUUCUUACUUGGCUCAAUUAAGCUCAUGACCAUAAUUGGCCUGAUGCUCCUCAUGUUUAUAGUUACACUUGGUGGUACUCCCACUCACGAUCGUAUCGGCUUUCGAUACUGGGACCAUCCGGGACCUAUGCUGGAGUAUCUCGAACCUGGUGCACUUGGGCGCUUUUUGGCUUUCUGGAAAGUUUUCAUUCAGGCCACCUUCAGCUACGGGGGUAGUGAGAUGGUCGUUGUCGCUGCUGGAGAGACAGAGAAUCCACGCCGCAAUAUCCCCAAGGCAGUACGCCGCGUUUUCUGGCGAAUCGCUGUCUUCUACGUCGGCAGUGUUUUCCUUGUUGGACUGUGUGUCUCGUCUCGAGAUCAUCGCCUGCUAAAUGCCAUUAAAGCCGGUGCAAAUGGAGUAGGUGCCAGUCCCUUUGUGAUCGCCAUUGAGAAUGGCGGCAUUCAAGUUCUACCGUCUAUAAUCAAUGCGGUUGUCCUUACGUCCGCCGUGUCAGCGGGGAAUUCUUUCUUCUAUGCUUCCACGCGGAUUCUCUAUUCCACCGCUCUGGACGGCAAAGCACCGCGCUUCCUUUGUUACGAGAAAUUCGGAGUUCCAUAUGCCUGUGUGGCUAUUACCGGUUCCCUCAGUCUUCUCGUCUAUCUCAAUGUUUCAGCCAGCUCCGCCGAGGUCUUCUUUUGGAUCAGCAACCUCAGUUCAGUUAGCACUCUGAUCGUGUGGACAUCAAUUGCUGUGACGUAUAUUCGGUUUUAUCGGGGCUUGCAGCACCAUGGAAUUUCCCGGGAUACCUUACCGUUCAAGGCACCCUUGCAGCCUUAUAUGGCCUAUUUCGCAGCAAUUUUCUCUUCCACGGUGGCAUUCUUCAACGGAUUCGACGCCUUUUUUCCGGGCCAUUUCAGUGCCAAGACAUUCGUUCCCCCUUACAUCGAUAUCCCGAUUUUUGUGGGUCUUUUCUUGGGAUAUAAGGUAUUUAAAAAAACCAAGCUUGUCAAGUUGGAUGAUUUGGAUCUAUGGUCGGGCAAAGAAGAAGCUGAUCGACUGGAGUCUAUAUGGGAAGAACCCAAACCACGGAAUUUUAUCGGUAUGCAUCGCUGUCCUCUUCUUGUUUCAAAAUUAACACUCAGUAGAACGAAUCUGGUUCUGGAUUGCUUGAGACCCAGUGGCCAGUAUAGACUCCUCACAGGUUUGCCCGCUUGCGACCAUUUAUCCAAUGGCUCUUUUCAGGACACUUUUAUUCUUAGUCAUGCAGCGUUUGUCUUGGUUAUUUGUUUAUGUCUAUACACAGCCGUAUGGUAUGCGAGACAUAUGUAG